AUGACGCCGCCGGCGAACGGCGAAAGCGUCAACGCAGUCGCUUCUGCAGCAACGCAAGUAGUACGUAGUAUCGAAGAAGCUGCACGAGCUUCUUCACAGUUGAACGAAGCUCUACCGAUGUCUGCUGCCUCUGAAAUCGCUGCUGCUGCUGCGAGCGGCAAUGAAGAAGAAGACAAGAUGGUCGAAGCACUGGAGAAUUUGAUUCUGGAAGCUUACAACAAGAUGCAGAUCGAUGGAGAGUGCAUCUUCUUGCCAGAAGAAGUUGCAGAGAAGUUGCACCAAGCUGCCGAGCAGGUCCGCAUGCCAAACAACGGCGAGAAGAAGGAGAUGGAGAAAAGUGCAAGUGAUGGAAAAGAUAGCAACAGUGUUGAUGUCUCUGCAAGUAUGGAUGAAGUGGAGGAGGCAGUGGUAACUCUGCAGCAACAAUCGUCGGACAGAGUAGAACCUGAGCACGAAAAGGAGCAAGAACAGGACAAGAAACAGGCGGAGGCGAUCGAGACAACUAGUGGAGAGAAGAAGCUCGUGCAAGAGGGAACGAGGAUGCAAAGGAUGCAAGUGCUGCAGGCUGAGGUGAUUGAGCUGUGCGAAGAAGAGAGCAAGCAGCGGAUUUCUCGAGCACCCUCGAUAGAGCAUGUUCUUACGGAUCUGACGACUACAGCGGAUGCAGAUGAGGUGGUUUCGAGCGAUCCACCCUCACCGUCAUCGCCGCUGUACUCGCAGUCGCGUAGUAGGGUGGAUACAUCGAACUCGAGGGCGUGCGCAAAAGCUCAAGGACCCAGCCACUUCCCUCCCCCACCCCUCAUAUCACUGAGCUCUACUCCGAGCAGUCUUGCUGCAAGCUCGGGUCACAGCGGAAGGACUACAUCAUCAAGACCAACCGAUCAGCCUGGUGGUGGCAAACGAAAAAGUAAGGGGAUCACUUACGAAUUACGAAGAGAGGCUGCACAAAGGCUUAAGGAAGACAAAAAGAAGCGCGAGCUGCUCGUUCGCGAGGCUGCACGGAAACAGCGUGAGAUUGCAAAGCGGCAGCUCGAGGAGUUGCAGCAGCAAAAGAUGGGAGAGAAACGUGAGCGUGCGCGACGUAUUCGAGAAGAGCGGCUGCAUCGUCGGGCCGGGAAAUCGACAGGUGAUAAAGGGGAAAAGGGAUCGGGAUAG